UGGACUCAACGCAAAUCGCGCGCCCGCGAGCUAAAAAGGGGCGAUAGACACGCCGCAGCACUUGCUUCGAUCGAUGCUAACUGUGCGUUAGCGAAACGCAAUCGAUUUGCAUAUUUAGCUGCCUCUGAAAAGCUGCAGCACAGCAGCAGCAUGAGCACCCAUCGCGCGGCGCCGCAGCACGGCACGACCACGCAGCCGCGAGUAGAACGCGGCACCGUCUCCCGCUUCAUGCAACAAUCCAAACAAAAAAAGCAAGUAGAAGACCCCGACGCCGGCUGGUCGACCGUACGCCGCAAAAGACGAGGCCGCAACCCGCCGCCGCCGCCGCCGCCGAAGCACGACACGUGCUGCGACCCCAUGCAAACAUCCAACGCGGAGCAGCCGGCGAACUGGCGCGAGGACCACGAACGACGUGUAGAAUCAUUACGCAAUAACCCGUGGUGCGUGGAAGCUUUGGCAACGUUGAAACGCCACGCGCCCGGCGAGCGCGCUGUGGUCGUGUGCUACGGGUUAGGGUCGACGUACGAGUCCUGGAACGCGCGGCACCAGCUCGCGUUUCUCGUAUUAUUAGCGGAGGCCUACGAAGCGCAGUCAAUACAGCUCCACGACCCCUUCCUCUCGAAGGACGAGCUCGAAGCGCUGGAGGCCUUGGGCAUCGAGCAGGCCCAGCCGCCGCGGAGCGCCAAGCCCUACCACGGGGUCCGCAGUUUGUAUUUCAUGCCCCACUGCCCGGCCCAGAUCUACGCCGACGUCCUCAAGGGCUUUGCACAAGCAUUAGAUGAGCUGCUGAUCGUGGGCAACUCGUUCCUGUCCUACGCGAAGCGGCGGAUCGGCGACGACCUCCACCCGGGCAUUCGGGAAGCGCUGCCGUUACUGCGCGAGGCGAGAUUGGAUGGUGGCUUGGCGGGCGACGCGCUGGAGCGGCCUUUUGGGGAUUUGGCGGCCAUGAGGUUUUCGACGACGUUCGGCGACUCGUCGGACGACGAGGCGGUCACGGUCGCGGCCGUCGAGGAGGCGUCCGUCGAGGCCGAGGCGCCCGUUGCCGCGGAGGCGCCGGCCCCAGCGGUGUUUGAGGCGCCGGCGCCCGCGGCGUGUGAAGCUCCCGCG